AUGUUUCGCACAGCAACUACAUCAGCCCUUGCCUCACGGUUCUUCAUCUCCAUAAAUCAUCCCCGAAUAGCGCCACUUACCAUACCGCUUGCUUCGCUAACCAACCAUGCACCGAUCGCGGUCGAUGGUACGAAUCAGCACCACCAGUACAACCGCAGCAACCAUGACGAACAGCAGCAUCGAAAGAAACAUACCGGGCCACUACGCUUCAUUGCUGCCAGUUCGUUUCUGUCCUGGUUUAGUAAGAAAUCGGACGAUGAAAACACACCCGAAAGUCAGCUGAUCACCAUCAUCAAGCGAUCGAUUCUAUCGAUACAGAAGGAAGAAUAUCAGAAAGCGGAACAGAUGCUACAUUUGGCGCUAAAGAUGGCACAGGACUUGCAGAGCAAGGACGGCAUCACGUACAUCUACGACAUUAUGGCCAACCUGGCGAUGGAGGUGGGUGAUUUCGCGAAGGCAGAAAAACUCUUCGUCAACGUGAUGCAACGGCUGUUUUCCGACGGGUUUCUAGAGGAUCACAUUAAAAUGCUGCACAUAAGCUCCAAGGUUGCACAUCUCGCACAGCUGCAGGGACACCUGGAUAAGGCGGCACAAGGGUUCGAAUGGACGCUUGCGAAGUUGGAGGAAAAGCUGAAACAGAUCGGCGAUGGUAACGGGAAAGAGAUCCGUGAACUGUGGGGCAUCACGAAAAACUGGUACGCCCAGCUGCUGAUGGAAUGUAAGCGAUUUGCCGAAGCCAAACAAGCGUUCCUGCAGGCGUACGAAGCGUACACGGAGAUACACGGGAAGCUUACCGAGGAAGGACUUACGAUACUGAACAAUCUUAGUGUAGCCUGCUCAAACCUUGAAGAUUACGCUUCUGCUGAACGGUUCUUGAAAGAGGCCAUUUCACUUGCAGCCCAAAUACCGGACCUCUCGGAAGCGGGUGUGUACAAAGCGAAUCUAGGCUUGCUUUACCUACAGCAGGGCUUACUGCGACAAGCGUCCGAGUUUUGCACGUUCGCCUGGCGCUAUGGAACGCAACACAAACACGAAGAGACUGUGAUACAGGCAAACUAUUGUCUGGAACAAAUUAAAGCGAUGAAAAAAUAAUAACCAUCACCCCGGGAUACGAUGGACACACACUUUUGCCAGGCUAAGGAACGGCCAAUGAACGUCACCUGAUACAAACUGUUACUCCUGUUAUUAAACAAAUGUUACCUUAUCGUUUCGAUAAUAAACCUUAUAGAUGUGAUUGAA